CACUGAGCGGCGCCAUGCACGACACCGAGACUAACCGCUAGCCAGCAGAAAUGCCUCCUGAAGACCUCGACCCAGCCCGAAAUGUUCUGCCCAGGGCACACGCUGUCGUACUAUUUCACUGAUACAAGAUGUGAAGAGGGAAUAAUUGUGACAAAAUGGCGAGGUUUUGAGUCUUACUUUUCUGUUUCGCUCGGUGUAGCGUGGCACAGGCAGUGGAUCGUUUCCAAAGUUGUCGGUUAGCAGGGCGCGUGUGAAGGAUCGGAAUUAAAGGCGCAGUGCACCCGUUGUAGCUGCAAACAUGGAGAAGAAGCAGCAGAGCGACUUGGACCGAGACAGACAGUACUGUGAACUUUGUGGGAAAAUGGAGAACCUCCUGAAGUGUGGCAGGUGCCGGAGCUCCUUCUACUGUAGCAAGGAGCACCAGAAACAGCACUGGAAGAAACACAAGCUCAUUUGUAAGGAAGCGGACAAGGCGCAGCUUCCCAAACAGAAGCCCGAGCAGGAUCCGCAGUCGGGGGACAAGGCACCAGAGAAAUCCCGAGAAAAUAAAAGCCCCAAGCAGGCGGACAGUGCACCUUUAAAACAAACCGCGAACACAGAAUCACCUGGGGACGGCGACAAACCGGGAGAGGACGGUUCAAACAACACCGCCACACCUAACGGACAGACUAGCUCAUCCCCUCACAAACUUGCCACGGAGUACAUAGUCCCGUGUAUGAACAAGCACGGCAUCUGUGUGGUGGACAACUUCUUAGGGGCAGAGACUGGGCUAGGCAUUUUAGAGAAUGUCAAAGCCCUGCACAAGACGGGCAGGUUCACAGACGGACAGUUAGUCAGUCAAAAAAGCGACUCCACUAAAGAUAUCCGAGGGGACAAAAUCACGUGGAUAGAGGGGAGGGAAGCCGGCUGUGAGAAGAUCCGCUUUCUGAUGAGUCGCAUGGACGACCUGAUCAGAUAUUGUAGCGGCAAACUGGGAAACUACACGAUAAAUGGAAGGACAAAAGCAAUGGUGGCAUGUUACCCUGGAAACGGGACAGGAUACGUGCGCCAUGUGGAUAACCCCAACGGCGAUGGACGGUGUGUCACAUGCAUAUAUUACCUUAAUAGAGAUUGGAAUGCCAAGGAACACGGUGGCCUUCUUCGGAUCUUCCCAGAAGGAAAGGCCCAGUUUGCCGACAUAGAGCCCAGAUUUGACCGUCUGCUGCUGUUCUGGUCAGACAGACGGAACCCUCACGAGGUUCAGCCCGCCUUCACCACCAGGUAUGCCAUCACUGUGUGGUAUUUUGAUGCGGACGAGCGAGCCAGAGCUAAAGAAAAGUACUUAACAGGUGCAGGAGAAAAAGGAGUAAAGGUUGAACUCGACAAACCAUCAGAUCCCAGCUAGUUGGAACCCUGCAUCCCCUACAAACAGCCAUUAAGUGCUCUGUCCUAAGAAAGUGGCCUAUAGAGAGCAUGUGUGUGUGUGUUUUACAAGGCAAAACAGCAGACUUUUGCUAGAGUGGGUGGAAGAUCCAUGCUCAUGGAGACAAAACAAACAAAUAGACAGUAAUUUCUGUUCAUUUUAAGCAAACCUGGACGACCCAGCGGACCUUGAAUGUCAUGACAUUGUACUUAAAGGGAUUGUGUGUUGUUGUUGUUUUUUUUUUCUGUCAUUUCACCUCUUCGGUGGACAACGCUUAUGUUAUAGCUGACAUUUUCAGAACAUCACUUCAAACAGGAAUUAAACUCAGAGAAUCUACAUCUUUUUGCGUAUAGGUUUUUGCAGUUAAUUCCUUAAAGGUACAGUGUUCUGCAUAUUCUUAACGUGUUAUGCUUUUCACAUGGAAUCAGCUGUUAUAAGCUACUGUAUGGCAAAAUGUGCUCGAGUUUGCAAUAAUAUGAGGAAUGAUCUGAAUUAAAAACACCCUUUUUCUGACAGAACCUCGUUGGUCUUAGUUUGAGUUCAUUCACCUGCAGCACAGUAGAAGCGAAACUGUGCCGUUUGCCGUCUUGCUGCUCCUGCUCCCUGUCACACUGAUACAUGAACCAUCUGGAUUAGAGACAAGUUAGCAGUAUCAAUACACUGAUCGGACUUGUGGGUAAAGGGCACACCGUUUGCCUCUGCCUUGCCUCCCCUCCUGUUUGCACUAUGUACAGCUCCAUGCCGCCCUCUGCUGGAAACCUACUGUGUACUGCACCUACUAUUUCUGUAAAUUUUGUGGCUUUAUGGAUAAAUAAAAUUCCAUAUGGUGAAAAUGAGUUUCUUAACAUUUGGAGAAAAAAAACCUAUUUAGCUUUAGAACAGCUAUCAACAAACCAGUAUUACCCACAGUACAUCUGUGAUCAUUAUCCUUAAAGCAGAACUGAAAGUAAGGUUGUGUGACAGAAAUAUUGUAGCUGCACUAUAAUCAGUAGUGAUUAAAACAUUUUAAUAGAUCAAAUGGUAAAUGACAUUAUCAACCAGUAAAUUAUUGUAUAAAUAACUUAAAGCUGAUUUUUCUGAAGUCAUUUAAAGGGCUCGAGCAUGUACCAGAGUUGGCUAUUUGUUUUUCGGUCUUUGAUUUAAUUUAUCAGUGUCUUUAUAUUUUAGCUUUCUGCAUCAGGUGACAGAAGCAAAUCAGAAGUCGUGUUACAUGAGUUCCACAAUCUCAUAAUAUUUUACUACCCAUACAAAGCUUUUCCAAGACAAGCUCCAAACUUAAGUCUCAGAAAUACACAGUGAGGAUGUUCCUGUUUUGUAAAUGAACAACCACUUACCUGCUAAACUUUAAAGUAUUAACUGCUGUAACUUUCCAUGGCACAUCAUGUAUUUAGAGCUUUCAGAAUGCAACCGUCUUUGAAAACAGUUCAUCAAUAAAAUGGGGAGA